AUGCCGCAUCACGCGGUGAUACGGGAAUCUAGCAGCACAACGAAGCUCCGGGUUGUCUUCGACGCUUCAUCGCACGAAUCGGAUGCACGAUCACUGAACGACAACCUGGAGAGUGGCCCCAACCUCAACUCGGAUUUGGUCGCCUUAUUGCUAAAUUUCCGGAAGUAUCGGGUAGCGUUAGUUGCCGAUAUUGAAAAGGCGUUCCUACAGAUCAGCAUCAACGACAACGACAGGGACGCGCUCCGUUUCCUCUGGCUGCAGGAAACUCCUACACCUGGUCAUCCUUUGCCGGACACCGUAACGUUUCGGAUGACAAGGGUGCCGUUCCGCACAACGUCGAGCCCUUUCUUACUAGCAGCCACUCUCCAACAUCACAUCGAGACUAUGGAAGCAACGUACCCCAGCACCUGCCAGUUACUCAGGAUAUCUCUCUACGUCGACGACCUCCUAGUUGGAGCAUCGGAUGAGGAGUCAACGAUAUCUUCCGGGCAGCGUCCAUGA